CAAAAAAUCUCUGAGCUUGAACCUGGACUUCCGUCAUUUUGUCAGAAUGUUUCGGAUUUAACGGGCUUUUUUUUUUUUUGUUUUUUUUAGUCUGAAUCUUCAACAACGUGUCUGUAAGCAGCUGAAACUAUGUUUCCAAAGAUUUUCUAUAUAUGUGUGAAAUUAUUCAGCGCGAUGCACGUCGCAUCAUCUACAGACCUGCAGCUUGGCAUGCCAAAUGUUUGCGCCAAACAGGAGGUGUCCAUGUUGGGGGUCCGCCAGCCCUGUGUUCAGGGUUUCACCCGCAUGAUGGAGGUGUGGAAGCAGGGCUGCACAGGCCGCAGAUGGUGUGUGGGAUUUGAGAGAAGGACUGCGUACUACAUAGCAUACAGACAAGCGUACAGCAUGGAUUUUCACACAGUCUAUAAAUGUUGUCCCGGUUGGGCUCAGAAAGAUAAUGAGAUGGGCUGUCUACAUAGGGUGUGCAGUGCUAAUGCCUGUCUUAACGGUGGGAGAUGUGCAGAGACUGGGGAGCUUAUUUGUCACUGUCCAUUAGGCUUCAAAGGUCCACAGUGCCAGUAUGACAUUAAUGAAUGUGAAGUGGAUGAAGGUGGCUGUGAGGGUUACUGCUGCAACACCAUUGGGAGCUACUACUGCAAAUGUCCUGAAGGCAGCAAAGUGGGGCCAGAUGGCAAGGCUUGCAAUGAUAUAAAUGAGUGUGAUGAGCUCAAUGGAGGAUGCCAACAAACUUGUGUCAACACUGCAGGUUCUUAUCAUUGCGAGUGCAGCGAGGGCUUUCAUAUGCACUCAGAUGGUCGAACCUGCAUUGCUGUAAAUUCUUGCUCCAUUUUGAAUGGAGGUUGUGAGCACCAGUGUGUGGAUGUGGGAAACAAGGAGUACAAAUGUGAGUGCAGAAGGAACUACCAGCUGAAACAAGAUGGGAGACACUGUGAAUUGAGGGACCCCUGUAAGGGGAGGAAUGGAGGUUGUGCACAGUUCUGCAACUCCAAAGGCGGUAAAGCAAAUUGCAGCUGCCGUUCUGGUUUUGUAUUGUCUGGAGACCAAAAAAACUGUGAAGACAUUGAUGAGUGCAGCUCUGGUCAUGCAAAGUGUUCCCAUGGUUGUGUCAACAUGCUGGGCUCCUUCAGAUGUGUGUGUCAUCCUGGUUUUGAACUCGGUGCCGAUGGCAAGCAGUGCUACCGCAUUGAGAUGGAGAUUGUAAAUAGUUGUGAGAAGAACAAUGGGGGAUGCUCUCAUCAUUGUGAGCAUGCCACCAAUGGCCCCAUAUGCUCCUGUAACCAAGGCUACCAGUUGGCCACAGACAGGAGGACCUGUGUAGAUAGUGAUGAGUGUUUGAGUGUGGAGUCCUGCUGCAGCCACCUCUGUAGAAACUACCCCGGUGGCUAUGAGUGCAGCUGCAGAGCAGGCCACAGACUGAGCCCAGAUGGCUGUGGCUGCGAAGAUAUUAAUGAGUGCCUAGCAGAGACAUCGGGAUGUGAACACUUCUGCGUCAACACCUUGGGAACCUAUCAGUGCUUUUGCCAAAUGGGCUUCCGCUUGGAUCUGGAUCAGCACUCUUGCAUCUCUCUGUAUGGCGGUGAGCUGGAUGAGGAAGAGGAAGGGCUGGAGGCUGACAGACUGCCUGACCUGCUGUUUCGAAAGGCUCCUCAGCUCUUGCAUUACACGGCAGCCCUGCACGUUCGCCACAGCACUGAUGAUGAUGAUGAUGAUGAUGAUGAUGGUCAUCAUGUUAGUGACAGUGACAAAGAAUUAGAGAUCCUCAGAGAGCACAGGGGCGAGCUGAGACAGGAAAGCACCAUAGUGUGCCUAGAGGGCUCCUUUGGGGAUGACUGUAGUGUGAGCUGUGACGACUGUGUGAAUGGAGCAUGUAGUGAAAACAAGAACCAAUGUGAUUGCUCGCCUGGCUGGACAGGAAUCAUCUGCAACGAGACCUGUCGUCUGGGGAGCUAUGGGAAGUCCUGCAACAGCAUGUGCCACUGUCUGAAUGGAGGCUCAUGUGACCCUGUGACUGGGAAGUGUCUCUGCCCUCUCGGGGUAAAUGGCCAGUUCUGCGAGGACGGUUGCCUGAGGGGCUAUUUUGGAAAGAACUGCAGACAAAAGUGCAACUGUCCCAACAAUGGACCCUGCCAUCGACUUUAUGGAGCCUGCCUCUGCUCUUUGGGAUUAUAUGGUCGUUUCUGCCACCUGGCUUGUCCCAAGUGGACCCACGGAGCAGGCUGUUCCAAGGAAUGCAAAUGUGUCCAAGAGCAAUCCAGUGGCUGUGACCCAAAAACAGGAAGCUGUUUCUGUAAGCCUGCAUAUCACGGUCUGCUAUGUGAGAAAGAAUGUGAUCCAGGCUUCUUUGGUGCUGGCUGUGAACAGUCAUGUGAUUGUCCAGGUGGAGGGUCAUGUGACCCUAAGACUGGACUAUGCAGCCAAAGAUGUCCUGCUGGGCUUCAGGGGGACCAGUGUCAACUGGCCUGCCAAACAGGAAACUAUGGCGAAAACUGCCGUCUGACCUGUGACUGCGGAGGAGCUCCCUGUGAUGCUGUAACUGGAGAGUGUGACUGUCCUGCUGGGAGGAGAGGAAGUUCUUGCCAGGAAGACUGCCCUGAUGGUUUCUGGGGACUGAAGUGCCAGUUUUCUUGCCCUGUCUGUGAGAAUAGUGGCUCCUGUAACAAGCAAACUGGUACCUGCAACUGCAAAGCAGGCUCCAUGGGAAAUCUCUGUCAAGACGCAUGUCCUGCAGGCCACUUUGGACCUGGUUGUCUCGUGCGUUGUUCUUGCCACCCUAAUGCCAGCUGUGACUCAAAGAAUGGACUCUGCAUCUGCCCCCCUGGCAAAACUGGCCACAAUUGUGAGACAACAUGUGAACCUGGUUUUUGGGGCCAAGGCUGCAUUGGAAGGUGUCAGUGUCAGGAUCGCUCUGUGGGCUGUGACCCGGUCAGUGGUCGUUGUGUGUGUGAAGCUGGUUACACCGGAGUCUACUGUGAAGAGAAGUGUGUCAAUGGUCAUUAUGGACCUGGAUGUGCUCAGAAGUGUCUGUGUGAGAAUGAAGGCCUCUGCGACCAUGUGAGUGGAGCCUGCAUCUGCUCACCUGGGUUCACUGGGUAUCUCUGUGAAAAAACGUGCCCGGACGGCUUUUACGGGCUUGACUGUGGCCAGAUGUGCGAGUGCAGGAACGGUGCCCGCUGCCACCACAUCACAGGAGCCUGCCUGUGCACCGCCGGCUGGGCAGGACCACACUGCAUUCUGGAAUGCCAAGAAGGUAGAUUUGGAAAGGACUGCGGUCAGACCUGUAAGUGUCAGAAUGAGGGCAGUUGUGACCACGUCACUGGGCGAUGCAGCUGCACAGAUGGUUGGACUGGACCCCAUUGCCAACUGCCUUGUCCAUCAGGACAUUAUGGGGAACAGUGUUCUAACAAGUGUCUGUGUCAAAAUGGAGGCUACUGUCACAGCGUGACUGGCCAGUGCUCCUGUCCCCCGGGACACACAGGAGCUGCCUGUGAGUUCGAGUGUGAAGAAGGAAACUAUGGCGAGAACUGCACACAAACAUGUGGAUGCUUAAACGGAGGGAGAUGUGACAAGGUGACUGGAAAAUGUCUGUGUCUGCCUGGUUGGAUUGGAGAAAACUGUCAAUUAGCCUGUUCUGAGGGAUUCUUCGGGGACCGCUGCGAGCGGAGGUGCAACUGUGCCCACCGUUCCAGUUGCCACCACAUGACGGGUCGCUGUGAGUGUCGGCCAGGCUGGAGGGGAGCCAGGUGUGACAAACCCUGCCUUCCCGGGUUCUACGGUCCUUCUUGUGCCCGGCGUUGUCAGUGCCGCCCUGGGGUGCCCUGUGACCACAAGUCGGGGAGUUGUGGUUGCCCCGCUGGACUCACGGGGUCCAGAUGUGAGAAAACCUGCUCUGUUGGCACGUUCGGACAAAACUGCAGCCAGCUGUGCCGAUGCUCCGGGCUCCAUGAGCAGUGUGAUCCUGCGACAGGGAAAUGCAGCUGCUCACCCGGCUACUAUGGGCCAGGCUGUGAGCUUCGGUGUCGAGCGGGUUCAUUUGGGCCAAACUGCAAGUCCAAGUGCACCUGCAUCAAUGGCGGUCGCUGUGACUUUCGGACUGGGACAUGCUACUGUCAUCCAGGCUACAUUGGCGCUGACUGCAGUUUCCGUUGUCCAGGUGGAUACUACGGGAAGGACUGUGCAAAGCUGUGCUCCUGUGCUGAAGGAGCGCAGUGCCAUCCAGUAACUGGAAGGUGCAUAUGUGGCCCCGGAAGGACAGGGGCAUCAUGCCAACAGGCUUGUCCAAAAGGACGCUAUGGUCUGCAGUGUAGGUACGCCUGUAGCUGUCAGAAUGGAGCUGUAUGUGAUCCUGUUGACGGAUCCUGUAAGUGUGGACUGGGCUGGACUGGACCCCAAUGUGAGACAGUCUGUCCUGCAGGAAAAUAUGGGCCUGAUUGUGCACAACACUGCCAAUGUCUUAACAAUGGAACUUGCAGCCAUUUUACUGGCAGCUGCAGCUGUACUGCUGGGUACUAUGGCCACUACUGUCAACUUGAGUGUCCUUCUGGAUUUUAUGGAUUGAAUUGUCAGUUCACAUGUGACUGUAACAUGGGCCAAGCAUGCGAUCAUGUGACAGGCAAAUGUUUGUGCCCACCAGGAUAUCAAGGCUCACAAUGUGAAAGACAAUGUGACAAUGGCAGCUUUGGAUUGAACUGUAUGAAGUCCUGUAAUUGUGCUGCCGAGGUGUCAUGUGACCCAUCCACUGGUAGAUGUCUCUGUCCCUCAGGCCAGUGGGGAGAGAGCUGUGAAAAAAGCUGUGAUGGAGACCACUUUGGCCCCAACUGCUCCCUGUUGUGCCAGUGUUUCCAUAGCUCCCACUGUGACCGGGUAAAUGGCAGAUGUCUCUGUCCGCUCACCUGGAUCGGCUCCACUUGUAGCAAAGCGUGGCUGCACCAAACCUCAGGAGUGCUGAAUAUGUCUGUGUCUCACAGAAAUAGAAAAACAGGCAGCAAAACCACAUAACCCAAACAGAGGUGAAAAUUCCUGACUGGACACUCAAAGUCGGGACUUGGCUCUGCGUAGCUUUGCUCUGAUCAUCUUUGAGAAGCUUACAUUGGAUCUAUGUAGCUGGUACUCAGUUGUCAGAGGCUGGCACUCCUUCACUGAGUCUGAGACAAUCAACCACAGGUACCAGCAUGUGAAACUUCUUUGGAGGACCAUAAACUCAGGUCUGAUUCAAGCUGGUUUUACAACACACACAAAUACCUGCAGAGCAGCUGAUACAUUGAAUGAAAUUGGAUCCUUUUGACAUAUAUUGAGUCAGUAAUGAUCCAUUUCAUGAUAAAACAAUGAACUCAGCAAUUGUUCAAUUGCAUAAUGCAUUUCAAACUAAGUUUUAGUGUGUAGAAACGUUAUAUGAUACUUUUGAUUAAAAAUCAUUCAAAUAAGAGCAGCUUCAUGACAUUUUUCAUAAGUAAAUGUACAGGUACCAGAGAACUCAAGCAAUAGAAAAAUAUUGUCGGAUACCAAAGGAACAAGAAAAGUAUUCUUACUUUUAGAAACUCCAGUCCUCGCGGCUGGUGUCUUGCAAAUUUUAAAUGUCUCUCUUGUUCAGCACAGCUGGCUCCAAUAUUAGCUCAUUAGCAGAGCUUUGUAGAGUUUAACUGCAGUUUCAACAUUUCAUUCAAGUGUGUAGGACAAGUGACACAUCUAAACGUUGCAGAACUCUGGCCCUCGAGGACUGCAGUUUGAGACCACUGGAUUAUACACUUUGGAUUUCUUUGCGAUUGUAUGCGAUUGUUCAACACAAAGUAACAGGAAAAGAAAAAUGUGAAUGGCUUUCAAAAAUUUUCAAAAAUCUAAAGUGUGUGGUAUGCAUUUGUAUUCAGCCCUCUUUAAUCGGGCACCGUUUAAUAAAAUCCAAUAAUUCAGACAUAGCUAGAUCAGAAGAGCCCAUUUAUGUUUAAUUUAAUCUCAGUUUUAUUACAGCUGUUCUGCGAAGGCCUCAGGAGUUUGCUAAAAUUAAAAAAAACACACCCACCCACACACACACACACACACACACACACACACACAUAUGAGUAAAGGAGUUGACAAGCCAGUCAAAUUUGUCCUGAAUGCAGAACUCUGCAUGGAUUUCAUGACACCAUGCUCAUGGUGAAACAUGGUGGUGAGAAAGUUAAGUCUUGAUACGAGUAAGUUUUUACUCAGUCAAUCUGUAAAAAGUUUUUUUCUCCCUUACAAUUGUCCUAUUUCUCAUAAGAUAAAACUUGUAUCCAGCUCCAUGUCUUUGAAGUCAGUGUACAUGGCGUGCACAGCCAAAGAAUGUUUUGCAUAUUCAUAUUAUUUAAAUAAAACAUUGUGUCUGCGAA